AUGUCUGGGCGAGAGCGUAGAGUCCUCGAGACCCUUUUGUAUGCCAUUCCUUUCGUUCUUGCCCAGAAUUUAGUACCUGCCAUUGUGGUCCUGAGAACGGAGAAGAACUCAGUUCUCAGGUACUUGUGGGUUUUCUGGUCCGUCUUUGUUUUCUAUCAAUGGCUUCAAAUCCCGAUAUCGCACGGUGAGAGUGGCGCAUACAUCACCAAGGUGGGAGUCCAGCUUUUUACGGUGAUCCUCCAGGGCUUCAAUCUUAUCUUGAUCAACCCGCUGGACAAGAACGAGCUUCUUCAGACAAAGAUUAUCGAUCCAAGAGAUGAUUUCCAGCGAAAGACGUACAAAGUUGCUCGUCUGUUUACGUAUUUGCGGGGCGUGCGAACACCAUGGCAGGUGAAAGGGAUCCCAUCGCACCCGGGAUACCUCAUACAACAACCGAAAGUCCCAAUCUCUCGCAGUGCAUUCUUGAUAAGACAGGCUGCUAUCGUGGCAUGGCUGUACUUAUACUUGAAUUGCGCAAACUCUCUAGCCGAUGGAAACCCAUCACCACUGUCAAAGCCCAUUUAUGGCCUAGGAUACCUCCGCGUUUCCAGGGAGGAAUGGCGAACUCGAAUUAUGACCUCGCUGAUGUUCUGGUUUGCGUUCUUGCGGGCAGCUGUGGAUAUUGACUAUCGCACCGCGUCUAUUUUGAGUGUUGGCAUGGGCCUGGACGCUCCGGAGGACUGGCCACCGCUCUUUGGUCGUGCAAAACAAGCCUACACUCUCCGUAAUUUCUGGGGUACAUAUUGGCACCAGAUGUUCCGAUGGCCGUUCACUGCGACGAGCAACUACCUGGCCCGGGAGCUUAUGGCUCUCCCUAGGCCGUCGUUGCUCGAACGGUAUACCAACAUCUUCUUUGUCUUUCUCGUUUCAGGCGUGAUGCAUGUCAUGGCCGACCUAUUCAUGGGCAUUUCUGUCAGCCAGUCGACUUCUCUUCUCUUUUUCUGCUCCAUGACGUUAGGAUUUAUGAUCGAAGAUGCGGUUCAGGCAGCUUGGACUCGCCUCACUGACAGUCAUCAUCCCGGGAGAGCAUCCACCGUCGACAGUGAUGGAUGUGCUGUGCCUUGCUGGCAUAAGCUUGUGGGGCUCAUCUGGGUGUGUGGCUGGCUUAGUCUCACGACUCCGGUCUGGCUGUACUCUUUGCAGAUGUCGAAAGACAAGAGCUCGUUCCUUGUCAAUAUUCCAGAGCUUGUUGGUACAAGCACAGCUAUUGCUAUGACUGCUGGCGGAGGUCUUUUGGUAACAUAUGUUUUUCGCGGAGAGCUUUAG